UGGAAAGAAGAAGCAACAAGCCGCAACGCAGGGAAAUUUGUGUUUUAGGCAAACUUGUCAACGUUUGCUAAGAUUUUCAAGGAUUUGUGCAUUAAAUAAUAAAUAACAGAUAUGGCAGAUAAGGCGCAGGAGCAGAGCAUCAUGGACAAGUCCAUGAGGUCGGUUUUUGUGGGGAACAUUCCCUACGAGGCCACCGAAGAGAAGCUAAAGGAGAUUUUCAGCGAAGUAGGACCGGUGCUGUCUCUCAAACUCGUCUUCGACCGGGAAAGUGGCAAACCCAAGGGAUUUGGCUUCUGCGAGUACAAGGACCAGGAGACGGCCUUGAGCGCCAUGCGGAACCUGAAUGGCUACGAAAUCGGCGGCAGGACACUCCGCGUGGACAACGCCUGUACGGAGAAGUCGCGCAUGGAGAUGCAGCAACUGCUGCAGGGACCCCAAGUGGAAAAUCCCUACGGCGAGCCCUGCGAACCAGAGGAUGCCCCCGAACUGAUCACCAAGACGGUGGCUUCAUUGCCGCCGGAGCAGAUGUACGAGCUGAUGAAGCAGAUGAAGCUCUGCAUCGUGAGCAAUCCUUCGGAGGCGCGCCAAAUGCUCAUGCUGAAUCCCCAACUGGCCUACGCCCUUCUCCAAGCCAUGGUGGUCAUGAGGAUCGUGGAUCCGCAGCAGGCGCUGGGCAUGCUCUUCAAGGCCAACCAAAUGCCGCCCGUCUUGGGUGGCAAUCCGCACCAGGGACCGGGAAAUAUCUCCAUGAUGGGCCAGCAACAGCAGCAGCAACAGAUCCCGCCGCAGCAGCAGGUGCAGAUUCCCCAGCAGCAACAGCAGGCUCCGCAGCCACCGAUGCCCGUUCCCGGACCCGGUUUCCCACCAAAUGUCCAUCCCAACGAUAUAGAUUUGCGCAUGGUGGCCGGUGGACAGAUGCCGCUGGAUCCCCGGAUGAUGGCCCGCGGAAUGGAUCAGGAUCUGCGGGGGGCUCUGCCCAAUCCGGUGCCUCCGCCGCUGAUGGAUCCCCGGACUCGAGCCCAGAUGCCCACCCAGCAGCAGCAGGGUGUCCCGCAGGCGCCGCCCGCUCCGUAUCCCAGCGAUCCGCGCCAGCGACCCAUGGAUCCUCGGUUGAGGGCUGGACCUGGACCCCAACAGCAGGCUCCGCCCCAGGGCAUUCCCCAGGCUCCGCCGCCAACGCAACAGCAACAGGCCGCCGCUCAGCAGUUGCAGAGCAGGCUGGGCGCCCACGGAGUCCUGCCCUCCGAUGCCUCCGACCAGGACAAGGCCGCCCUCAUCAUGCAGGUGCUGCAGCUGUCCGACGAGCAGAUUGCCCAGCUGCCCUCCGAGCAACGGGCCAGCAUCCUCAUGCUCAAGGAGCAGAUCGCCAAGAGCACUCAGCGUUAGUUUCACUCCAGCAUGCAAUAUCGACAAACAGCCAUUUCGUAUGCUUACUAUAUAAUUUUCAAUUUGAAUCAAUCAAUAAAAAGAACAUUCUCACACAAGGAGA